CGAGCCCACAGCCCCCUCCAAGCCACUGUACUCCUCCUCCUCCCCUGGCUUAUGCUGUUCACAGGAGGCAGUGGGUAGGACCGCUGUGUGAGCAGGAGGCUGCAACCAUGAGUGCGGAGGACCUUCUGGCUUGGCGCCCGCAGGAAGAACUCAAGGACUUGCCCAAAGACGGCCCCCCAAGCCCAAGUGAUGACGAAGCCGGCAGCGAUGGAGAGAGGAAGCACUGGAAGCUGCUGGAGGCCAUCAGCUCCCUGGGCGGGAAGGGGAGGUGGAAACUGGCCGAGAGAUCAGAGGCCGGCAUGCACGCGUCGGAGUUCAGCGUUGGCUCGGCAGGGAAGCUGGCCCUUGCUGAUCUGCUGCAGGCCGCUGAGCCAGCCUCCUCUCUGGCCACAGUGAAAAGGCAGCUGAAGAGGGUCCAGGUGAAGACGCUGGCGUUGCCCGCUAGCAAAGAGGAGGUUGCACGGGUCCAGAGAGAGGCGGCCUUCCAUCAGAGCUCCCAGGCUCUCUCCAAAUGGGAGCCCAUCGUCCUAAAGGCCCGGCAGGCAGAGCAGCUGGUGUUUCCCCUGCAGAAGGAGCCGGCCGCCUCCGCCCCCCUCGAACACAUGCUCCGGGGCUGGACGGCGAAGACGCCCCUGGAGCGAGAGGUUUUCCACACCCUCCACCAGCAUAGGCAGCCAGUGAGGGACCCUCUGCUGACGCCCGUGGAAAGGGCUGCUCGCCAAGCCAUGAGCCUGGAGGAGGCGAGGACAAGACGGGCGGCGCUUCAGCGGGCCCGGGCCCUGCAGUCCUACUAUGAGGCCAAGGCUCGGCAAGCAAAGAAAAUCAAAAGCAAAAAGCAUCGCAGAGUUGUGAAGAAAGGAAAGGCCCAGAAGGCGCUCGGAGAGCGUGGGCCUCUGCCAGAGGGCAGUGCCCCCUCGGCGCUGGAAGAGCUGGACAGAAGGGAGACGGCCCGCGUGAUGGAACGGAUGGGCCUGAAGCACCAGAGCCGAGGGAAACGGGCCAGGGCGCUGGCGAUCCGGACCAGGUAUGAGCCCAAGGCACGCCAGGCCAGGCAGGACCAGCUGGCCAGGAACAAAGAGCUGAUGCAGAAACACCAGGCUCCCGACAGCGAGGAAGAGGAGGAGGGUGGACUCCUGGCCCCUGACGUGGACCAAGCUCAGACGGACCCCACGGGGUCCAACCCCUGGAUGCUCAGGCGCCCCACCAGUGAGUCCCGAGAGGCCAGGAUCCCGAAGGGCCCUGACCUGCUUCCUGAGCCUGCGGCCCUUGAGGAUUCAGCAAGUGAACAAGAGAGCCCCGGAGCAGACAAAGACACGUGGGGCAAAGAAUCUGAGGAAAGACAGCCCCUUCAGGAAAGAUGGGAGCCCAGCCAGGACGCUGAGCCUGUGGGCCCCCAGGCAAGACGGGACACCAGCCACCAGGAGGUGGUGUCUGAGGUGAGGGCGCUGUCUCAGAAACUCAGCAAGCGAGGCAGGCCGUCCAGGAAGAAGCCUGAGGCAAGUUCCCUGGGGGCUGUUCUCCCCACCCAGAGCUCAGAGAGCAUGCAGACCAAGGUAGAGCUGGGCAGAGAAAACUACCCUCCCGACAUGGAGCUUCCCCGGCCUGUGUCAGGGGGGCCGAGGGCAGAGAGGAUCCCGGAAGAUCAGCAGCCUGGCGUCCCCAGGAAGCAAAGGAAAGAGCCGAUCAUUGAUAUACAGAACCUUCUAACCGCGAGCCCUCCUCCAGGGACACCUUGGGCACCAGAGGAGUUAGAAGGUGACGGGGAGAGAGGCCAAAGGCAGGUGAUAAUGGAAGCUUUUGCUGGGGAUGAUGUCAUCCAGGACUUCUUGAAAGAGAAGAGGGCAGUGGUGGAGGAGAGUCAGCCAAAGGCAGUGGACCUGACGCUGCCCGGCUGGGGCGAGUGGGGUGGGGUGGGCCUACAGCCCAGAGCCAAAAAGCGGUGCCGGUUUCUCGUGCCCUCCCCUGCGGGGCCUCCGCGCAAGGACGGGAACCGGCCAAAUGUGAUCAUCAGUGAGACGCGCAACUCCAGCAUGGCAGCCCACCAGGUGCACGUGCUCCCGCCCCCAUUCUCCCACCCCCAGCAGUUCGAAAGGACCAUCCAGGUCCCCGUGGGAGCCACGUGGAACACCCCGAGGGCCUUCCAAAAGCUGACCACUCCCAAGGUGGUCACUAAGCCAGGCCACAUCAUUAAGCCCAUCAGAGCCGAGGACGCAGGCUGCCGCUCUUCCUCAAGGUCAGACCUCUCUGUGGUGCAGAGGGCCCCAAACUGGCUCUCCACCCAGCACCGCAGAAACACCGAUCGAGCUGCCCUGAGGCCCUGAUGACUGCACCCCCUGGGACUGCACCCCCUGGGACUGCACCCCCUGGGGUUGGUGUGACUCUUCCGCGGACUCCGUUCUCGGAGCCGGUCACACUGCAUUCGAAAUUAAACUACAAGGACAUUGGCAUCUCUGAGUGGGGGCUUCUCUCGGAGGCCUCUCCAGGAGCUAUAUUGGUUAGACACCUGCUCGCACGCCCCCUCCCCCCCCAUCCCAUAAUCCCAUGUCAUUAUGUUUGUAGCCCAGAGAGAGACUUCCAGGGGCAAGUAAGAAGGCAUGGGGUUUAUCUUUUUUUUUUUUUUCAAUCGUUUUAUUAGGGGCUCAUACAACUCAUCA